UAUAUAUUUCUCUUUUCCAUUUCUGUAUCUAUUUUAUAUUUUAAAUCAAGGUUUUUUGUCUUUGCUACUCAUCCCAAUUUCCCUAUCAGGAUCAAACCAACAAUGUGUACUAAGGCUGAGAGUGUAAUGGUUGAUGAGGUCCCUUUUCCUUCUCAAAUCACUACCACCAAGACAUUGCCCUUACUAGCCAAUGGAAUUACAGAUAUAGAAAUACACUUCCUCCAGAUUAAAUUCACAGCAAUAGGAGUUUACUUGGAUCCAGAAAUUGUCACACAUUUAAUUAAGUGGAAGGGUAAAUCAGCAGCUGAUCUAGCAAAAGAUGAUGAUUUUUUUGAGGCAAUAAUUUCAGCCCCAGUGGAGAAGUUGAUAAGAGUUGUGGUGAUUAAGGAGAUAAAGGGGUCACAAUUUGGAGUGCAGAUAGAGAGUGCUGUUAGGGACCGUUUGGCAGAAGUUGAUAAGUUUGAAGAAGAAGAGGAAGAAGCACUUGAGCAACUUGUUGACUUUUUCCAGUCCAAAUAUUUCAAGACAGAUUCAGUCUUGACUUUUUAUUUCCCAACCACUUCUCCCACUGCUGAGAUUGUAGUCGCAAUCGAGGGAAAAGAAGAGUCGAAGAUUGAAGUGAAGAAUGGAAAUGUGGCGGAGAUGAUUAAGAAAUGGUACUUGGGUGGAAGCAGCGGAGUCUCUUCAACUACAAUUUCAUCUUUAGCUAAUGCUCUCUCUCUUCAAUUAUCUAAAUAAUCAUUUAUUUUUGUUGUUUGCAUUGAUGUUUUCUAAAGAUCAUAUAAUGACAUCUAUGGCUUUUGUGUGGACCCGUACCAAGUUUGCCUAUUCAAUUUAUUGAAUAAUUUGUGUGAUUUUUGGGGUUUUAUCUAAUUAAAAUAUUGAAUAAGCUCAAUUUGAGUGUGUUG